AUGCGGCAGUGGCAUGGAGGGAAGCUCAAGAAAUUCUUUAAAGAGAACAAACCGUUAGUAUGCUUUAUUUGUGUUGUCUUUAUUGGAGUUUUAUGGGCUUUGGGAUAUCUUGAUCACUUAGCCGAACGUCCUUUUGAUGAUUUCAAAUGGCCUCCAUACGUCGAUGUUAUGGAACAGGUAAACUUAGAACUUUCAAAAAAGCCGUCGGCUGUCACCCCAGUAAACGACUGGAAGAAGUUGACACCUUACAAGGUCCCGAGCUGUAGUGUAGAUGCUUCUGGCACGAAUAACCUUAUAUUAAUAAUUGUGAAAUCGGCUGUUUUUAACGUUCAACAUCGUAGAGCUAUACGAGACACUUGGGGUGCUGUAAAGAAAUAUUCUGGUUAUGUUAUCCAGACCAUAUUUUUGACGGGUCGUUUGAAGCCUGCUGAUGAGAAACACUUUGGAAGUGUAAUAGAGAUGGAAAGCGAGAAAUAUGGAGACUUAUUGAUUGGAGAUUUUAUUGAUUAUUACCACAAUAAUACUUAUAAGUUUUUAUACGCUAUAAAGCAUGCUAUGAACUACUGUAAUAGAACAGAAAGUGUACCAUUCACUUUGCUACUUGAUGAUGACUAUAUUGUAUCAAUUCCAAAUUUGAUUAAAGAGGUGAGUCGCUGGCAUCCAUCUGAUCGUUUGUACACAGGAUGGCGAUUUGAUGUCACUCCGUUCCGUUCUCGAAUUUUCAAACAUAGGGUAUCACUUUCGAUUUAUCCUUAUGAUAAGUAUCCCCCGUACAUCACUGGUGGUUCAAUUUUGCUAACUGCGCAGACGGUUACUGAGAUGUAUUUAGCAGCCCAGUACGUUCGUCUUUAUAAACUAGACGACAUUUAUGCUUCGAUUUUAGCUUAUUUGUUACAUAUACCAGCUUUGCAUAAUGAAAAUAUGCAUUUUUAUUAUUAUUCUAUAAAUGGGAUAAAUUUCAAAGACAUGAUUUGUAUUCAUGGCUAUUAUGGCGACAAUCUUCGAGAAACGUAUAGGCGUUUAGAAAAGAGGGGUUUAAUGGUAUGA